AUCCGACUACUGAGCGCCGUUAGUCACUGUCUUUGUGUGCCAAAUCAAAGGUGGUAGAGGUAUCCCUUCUACCCAAGCUCACUUGACUUUGGUUCUCUCAUCAGAGGCAUGACUGCGUGCGUGCUCUUCGUUCCAAGCUUCCAACCUCGGCCCCUGACGUAUUUUGGUUCGAUAUCCAUCCCUACGUGCACCUUACCUACCACGCACUUACCUUGUUGAUCUCACCGUACUCACUCUGAGUAUAUCCCAGAUUAACUGAAUCAUUCAGUUUCCCCCUUCCUGCAAGGUAUCCGCAAAGAAGCAUUGAAGCCUUUGCCAUCUCGACAACAUGGAUCGUGACGGUCCUCAUACCCCUCCCGACAACCUGUACCGCUCCGGGGUCCCCACUCCGACUUCGAGCAGAGUGGCAGCGGAUGCAGCGGACAGGGACCGCCGGGCCCUGAGUCCCAGCCCUUCACCGGGGUCCAUCCAGGAGGUGUUUCAGCAGACACCUUCUCCGCCCACCACCCCAUCCUCUCCUUCCCGGCAGACGGCCCCGCAAGAACCCGAGGUCCCAAUGAGCACAUCAUUGGAGGCCGCUAUGAUGGGUCCGCCGCCCGACGACGACAACGACGACGACGACACCCCCGAACCCGAGGGCAAUGUGGAAGUUUCGGAGAGGAGGGCAGUCGAGAGGGAUGAGAACCUUGAAGAAAAGGUUAGGGCGUACCGCCUGAACCAGAGGCAAAUUGAGAGGGAAGCUUUGUUUUGCCACUAUAGGCAAUGCAUCUGCCGCCUCUACCGCCGCUAAGGCCUCACCGUCUACACCAACUCAGAGGAUACAUCUUAGCGGUGCACAAAGAACCGGGCGGGUGGAAUGCUAGCACUCACGCAGGCUCUCUUGUGAAACGGGGUGUUCCGGUGGUCAUUAUUUGGGUUUGCUUGGGGUGUUUACAGCAGGAUCGGAUACCUGUAGCUUAGGACAGCGGGCAGUGCUCUACAGUCGAGUGUGGGCUCCCGUCGGUUCCCAAUUCAUCA